UCAGCUGUAUGCUGCCUUUUUUCGGGUGGAUGUGGCCAACAGCAGCUUUCAUUAUCUGUUAAACAAGCGCAUUGGAAGCAACAUAAAGCUCCCUGGAGCCCUGUGCGGUCUUGCUGCAGGGGGGUGAUGAUCUUUAAUUAACAGUCAAAGAAUGGACUCUAACAAGGUGGAGGAACUUCUCAUCCCGGUGUAAACGUUACAUCGCUCGAUAAUGACAAUAGAAAGACCGAGUGAAGCAGAAAUGUGACAACACUUGCCAAGUGGCUUCAGAGCGUUGACAGCUCCUGGUUUGCCCGUGCAAGGGCACCAAGACGGAGGAGGAAACCCCGAGGAUCAGGGCCUCCUGUCCGGAUGACACCAGCUACACUGCUCUCCGUAGCUAGCAUUAGCUAAGCUAACACAUGUCUUCCCUGAAUCCAUAUUAACUGUAAAUGGAUAAAACAAUCCGGACAACUUUAUUUGAGGUGUGUGGCAGUUGUUAAGGAGUUUGCUGUCGCCGGAUGGACGGACAUCAUCUUCUCUAGGACUGUGAGUGAGAAAACUGCGAGAGGUUCUCCAGGCAUGGAAGGACUUCAUAGUCAGGCUAUAAGCCUGGACCCACGCAGGCAGGAACUACUUGAGGCUCGCUUCACUGGAGUUGGUGUAGCCAAGAGUUCAGCCAAUAGUGAAUCAUCCAACCAGUCUCUGUGCAGCGCGGGAUCACUCAGUGACAAGGAACUGGAGACACCAGAGAAGAAGCCCACUGACCAGAGAAGCAGAAAGAGAAAAGGAGACAUCUAUGACAGCAACAGCCAGGGAAAAGGGAGAGGGCACAAAAUAAGUGAUUAUUUUGAGUUCGCUGGUAGCAGUGGCUCUGGCACCAGUCCGGCCCGGGGCAUCCCCAUGCUGGUGCGCUCCUCUCCACAGCACUCACUGUCUAAUCCUCUGUUUCAGCAAGGCAGUCCUUCGUCCACAGGCUCGGCCCACACAGACUCUUCAUCUUGCAGCUCUGUGAAGACAGCCCCCACCCACUCCUGCUCACACAAAGCCAUCCAGUCCGAACUGACACUGUUGAAACUGACAGCACUGGAGAAAGACAAGAACUCUGACCUGGAGAAGAAAGAAGGGAGGAUAGACGACCUGCUGAGGGCUAACUGUGACUUGAGGCGGCAGGUAGACGAGCAGCAGAAAAUGCUGGAGCGCUACAAGGAACGGCUUAACAAGUGUGUGACCAUGAGCAAGAAGCUCUUAAUCGAGAAGUCAAAGCAGGAGAAGAUGGCUUGCAGGGACAAGAGCAUGCAGGACCGUCUGCGUCUGGGUCACUUCACCACCGUACGGCACGGAGCCUCCUUCACAGAGCAGUGGACGGAUGGAUUUGCCUUCCAGAACCUCAUCAAGCAGCAGGAGCGAGUCAAUUCACAGCGGGAGGACAUUGAGAGGCAGAGGAAGCUGCUGGGGAAGAGGAAACCUCCCUCCAUGGCCCAGACCCCUCCACCCAGCCUGGAACAGAACAAACGAAAGAGCAGGAGCAAUGGCCAGGAGAGUGAAGCAUUGUCACUGGCAGAAUAUCACGAGCAAGAAGAGAUUUUCAAACUUCGAAUUGGUUAUUUAAAAAAGGAAGAAGCAGAGAUUCAGGCAGAGCUGGAGCAUUUGGAGCGAGUAAGAAACCUGCACAUUCGGGAGCUGAAGAGAAUCCAUAACGAAGACAACUCACAAUUUAAAGACCACCCCACACUGAACGACCGAUAUCUGCUACUACAUUUACUUGGAAGAGGUGGCUUUAGUGAAGUUUUCAAGGCUUUUGAUGUGACAGAGCAAAGGUAUGUGGCCAUUAAAAUCCAUCAACUUAACAAGAACUGGAGGGAGGAGAAGAAGCAAAACUAUCACAAACACGCCUGUAGAGAGUACAGAAUCCACAAGGAACUUGACCACCCGAGAAUAGUCAAACUCUAUGACUAUUUCUCACUCGAUACAGACUCGUUCUGCACAGUGCUUGAGUACUGUGAAGGCAACGACCUGGACUUCUACUUGAAGCAGAAUAAGCUGAUGACCGAGAAGGAGGGACGCUCUAUCGUCAUGCAGAUUGUAAACGCCCUCAAGUACCUCAACCAGAUUCGCCCACCUAUCAUACACUACGACCUCAAACCUGGAAACAUCCUGUUGGUUAAUGGCACGGCUUGCGGAGAGAUCAAGAUCACUGACUUCGGCCUGUCCAAGAUCAUGGAUGAUGACAGCUACAACUCUGCAGAUGGCAUAGAGCUGACAUCACAAGGAGCAGGCACCUACUGGUACCUGCCUCCUGAGUGCUUUGUGGUGGGCAAGGAGCCCCCAAAAAUAUCCAACAAAGUGGAUGUUUGGUCAGUAGGCGUCAUCUUCUACCAGAGCUUAUAUGGACGCAAGCCGUUCGGUCAUAACCAGUCGCAGCAGGAUAUCCUUCAAGAAAACACCAUAUUAAAAGCCACUGAGGUGCAGUUUCCCCCCAAACCUGUGGUCUCCACAGAAGCAAAGGCCUUCAUUCGACGUUGCCUGGCUUAUCACAAGGAGGACCGUGUGGAUGUGCUGCAGUUGGCCAGCGACCCCUUCCUUAUGCCCCAUAUUCGAAAAGCCCUGGCCAGCAGCACACCUCAGGCACCUCCUCUUCCCUCCACCUCCGGCUUCCACAGCAGCAGCGCCUCCAACUGAAGCAAGCUGAAAGAAACUGGAAUAAAAAGCCAAGUGAGGAGGAAAAAAAGCCACGCAGCGACUUUACACACUUGACGAAACUCCUCCUUUUCUCUCUACUCGAUUGCAGAGAGCAUGAUGAGAUGUAGGGAAGCGUGAAUGGAACCAAAAUGAUGGAUGAUGUGGUGAUGCUGUAGUAAAAAAAAAUGUGCCCACCACCAUCAUCCAAGUGCUAAAAAUGAAGGGCCAGUCUGCGGCUGCGGGCUCAGUAGAACCCAAAGAUUUGCCCAUAUGCAUGCACUAACACAAAAAACUUGACUUGGCUCAUUUCAAGGGGCUUUUUUACACGAUAAAUAGUAAAAGCACCUGAAAAAUUGCACAACUGACUGGCUGAGAAGUACACUAUGUGUGGAAGAUCACCUGCCUGUACUCUGCAGAAGGUUUAGAAGAAAAAUCAUUAAUUAAUCAUUAAAAAGGUCAUCCCAUUAUGCUUGAUAUCUAUCACCUAUCAAACAAGUUUUCAGAACUAGAGUGGUCAGUUUCAAAUAUGUAGGUUUGAACCUGGGACUAUAAGGAAGGGCUCCUACAGGUAAUAAGGAAUGGCUGAUCACCAAAGUUUAAGGCCUGCCUUGUUAAAAGUGGCAACAUUAGAGGUUCAUGAAUGACUUGACACAGAAGAGGGCUGAUUCUGGAAAGAGUAACUGGUUUUGACCUAUUUUAAAUAUUUUACUGGAUAACUGGAAGUCAGCUUAUUAUUUUAAUUGUUAAGUCCAUAUUUUUCCAUGAAAUUUACCCCC